AUGAUCGGAACGUCCACUGCUGAGUACUUCUUUAUUCGAACUUGCAUCCUAUUUCUUCAUAAUAUUGCACCUAUCAGUAUUUUAUAUAGCAUUCAGUUGCUCGUCGCACAAUUCUCUCACCUGCCAGUUUAUCUCGAACGCAUACCGUAUCCUAUCCAAACCUGGCUUAUUGCAGAGGCAGUCUUCUUCACUACUGUCUUCAUACCACUAAGAUGUGCUCUCCGCAAUUCUCCUAUCCACCACAGCCCUAUGUCUGCGGAGUCCAGAAAGAAACUGUUUACGAGUUGUUGCACGAAUGUGCCAAAUCCAGAGAAAUAUCUCCGCCGGUGGCUUAUGGUCUCAGAAGGAGAAGUCAUCAAGCGCGAUAACGUAAAGGAAUUUAUCAGAUGGUCGUUCUUCGGACCUGGAUAUACGUGGAAGCAGACCCUGCGGAAUGAGGAAGAAGUCGAGGCAUAUACAACAGAAAUGGAGAAGCUGAUUGGACGAAAACUGCUACCAGGAAGGAUGGAUGUGAAAAAUCUAGGACAGCUUCUAAAUGAAGCAGGCGGUUCACAGCGUAGUCUACUAUGUUUACUUAAGUGUAUUUUUGUGGUUGACACAAUAAUGUACUGCAAGAUGGUAUACCAUGGAUUCCACUUCUAUCGCGGCUCAGUCUCCCGAUUUUUUACCGUUUUUCCAUUUCGCCCUCCCACGAUACUCACGGCGUAUCGAUCCCCGGCGCGGCAUCUCACGUACUGGCAUCGACGGCAUACAUCCAAGAAACGUCUCCCCGUACUAUUCAUACAUGGCAUCGGGGUUGGGCUAUACCCUUACACGGGUUUCCUCCGGGACCUUAACAGGGAACUGGAGACCGGAGCGACCCACGACGACGACGGUGAGGUGGGCAUCAUCGCACUUGAGAUCAUGCCAAUAAGUUCGCGGAUCACUCAUCCGGCUCUAGCAAAGGAGGUGAUGAUUCACGAGAUUAUGGAGAUUAUGUCGUAUCAUGGGUGGAGCAGAUUCGUGCUUGUGUCUCACUCUUACGGUUCCGUAAUCGCUUCACACCUCCUCAAGUCUGAUCGGGCUGCUCCGCUCAUUGGACCUAUGGUCUUUAUUGAUCCGGUCGCAUUCCUCCUGCACUUGCCUGACGUGGCAUAUAACUUUAUAGCCCGCGAGCCAGCACGCGCCAAUGAAUACCAGCUCUGGUAUUUCGGGAGCAAAGACAUAGGAGUUGCGCAUACGUUGGCAAAAAGAUUCUCCUGGUCUGACAACAUCAUUUGGAAGGAGGACCUCGGGAUCAAGGACAAAGAAAACCAGCAGGAGGGUAGAAAUGUUACCGUUGUCUUAGGUGGUAAGGAUUUGAUUGUGGAUACCGAAUCGGUGGCGCGGUACUUGAUGGGCUCAUCAGAAGAAGAAUCCCGAUCAAUUGGCAAAGAAACAGCACGAGCAUGGAAAACCAGGCCCUGGGUUGGACGGGGACUUGAGCUGCUGUGGUAUGAACAGUUGGAUCAUGCGCAGGUUUUUGAUCUUGAAAGUACUAGACGACCAAUCUGCCACCCGGUCAAGGCUGGACACAAGAAGUUGAAUUAG